CGAGCGUGACCGGCCCGGCUCCAUAGUCAGGGGCUGAGCGCUCUCCUUGUUUCUCUGCACACAUCGCUCCAUGGCCCGCACACCAUGACGGACUACGCCGAGGAGCAGCGUAAUGAGCUGGAGGCUCUUGAGUCUAUUUAUGCCGACUCCUUUACUGUGUUAUCCACAACUCCUACAAGUUUUUCCAUCACAGUAACAUCAGAAGCAGGAGAAAAUGAGGAAAAUGUGCAAGUAACCAUUAAAUUCAGCUAUGUGGAGUCCUACCCAGAUGAAGCCCCUGUCUAUGAAAUAGUCUCUCAAGAAAACCUUGAAUGUACAGAUACAUCCAGUUUACUAUCCUUGCUGAAAGAUCAGGCUCAGGAAAAUCUUGGUAUGGUUAUGAUCUUUACUUUAGUAUCUGCAGUUCAGGAUAAAUUAAAUGAAAUUGUAGACCAAAUCAAAACCAGAAAAGAGGAGGAGAAAGUGAGGAAAGAAAAAGAGGCAGAAGAAGCAGAAAAGGUGCGCUUUCAUGGUACUCCAGUCACAAUUGAAAACUUUCUAAGCUGGAAAGCCAAAUUUGAUGCAGAGGUGUGCGAAAUGAAAAAGAAAAGGCAAAAGGAAGAAGAGCAAUCAGGAAAAAAUAAACUUACUGGAAAGCAGCUGUUUGAAACAGAUCACAAUCUGGAUACAUCAGAUAUCAAGUUUCUGGAAGAAGCCGGGAAUAGUGUUGAAGUGGAUGAAUCGUUAUUCCAGGAACUGGAUGAUUUAGAGCUGGAUGAUGAUGAUGACCCAGAUUAUAAUCCAAUCGAUUUAGAAAGUGACUAAAUAUCUUGGAACCGGCACAUUUAGGAAAGCAGUCACAGUAUCUGUGGCUUAAAUAAGCAAGCAUUCACAGCUAUUUUUUUUUUAAGUCAUAAUUUUAAUUUUCAGGAGAAUAUUCUUCUGAUGCUCUCAUGGUUGACACUUAAUAAAAUGACUUAAAAAAGGC